AUGGAUUCGUCCAGACGAAAUGUUCAGGAGAGAUUGAGGACUCGAGCUAACUUGCCGUCGAAUCGGAGAGACAAUUCACGCUCUCCUCCAAGGCACCAGUACGACCAGGAGGAGAGGCAAGCGCGUCACUAUCGAGAGAGGGACCGAGACUAUGACCGUCGCGGCCGGGACGAUGGCCACUACAGAGACCGCCCGCGCUAUGAUGACGGCUACGAAGGCAUGUACGACGACGAGUACGACCACCAUGGGUACUCCGACCGCCGCUCUCGCACACGCUACCGCGAGAAUGACGCGCGACGCGACUACAGCCCUCGCAGGGACGACGGCUACCCUGCUCGUGACCGCCUGUAUGACGUCCCGCGAGAGGCCGGACGGCCGACGGACACGGUCAAGCUCGAAGGGCUGCCGUUUGGCAUAUCGUCCCAUACGUUGCGAGAGUGCCUCCUUCAGGACUCGGCUGCCGCCGAAGAUCCACCCGCAGACGUGCGAGUGGUAUCGUCCAAAGGUUUUUGCCGCGCCUUUGUCCGCUUCCACGAGCUCGGCCACGCCGCCUCCUUUAUCCGAGAGCACUACCCCAGACUCUCCAUCCUGUUGCCCCAUCCGACUGAUGAUGCGCCAGACGGCAGAAUCGACCUCCACGUUCACUACGCCCGCAGCCAGGCGGAUCGGGACUCGCAGGCAAACCCCAACGCGCCAAUCGGAAACUGGUAUUGUCACCAGUGUGGCGUGAGCAAUUUUUCCACGCGCAAGCAGUGCAGAGAAUGCUCCUAUACUCCACAAGGUACCAUCAUCGUCCCCUGGUAUCGGAGGCCGCUGCGGUUUGGCUUACACGUUCCCUUUUCAGCCACAACAGGCCCUCUCGGCCGUACCGGAGAGGCUGAUGUCGCGAGGGAAGUCGACGACAAGGUGCAGAUGCUCGUCAUCUAUCCUUUGCCCUCUGACAUGGACGAAGACACGCUCGCUACCGAGUUCAAGCGACUGGAGCUUGUCAAGAUCGAGAGGCCCAAGGGCGAGGCACCCAAGCUGAAGUCGACGGCGCCUUCGGCGGACGGAGCAGGUUAUGGCGCGCGACCGGGUUCGCUCCACCGCGUAUUCCGCAUGCGCGAGGUCGCCACAGGCAUUAAGCUCCCCUACGGCUUUGCUGAGUUUUGGACCUUCUCGGAUGCCGUUGCCGCUGUACGAAAGGUUCGGAUGACCCGCUCUUUUGAGAUUGCGGGCAAGCCCGUAACGGUCGCCUUGAUCCACCUGGGAGUCUUUGUGCCGGAAGAUCGAGAGAUGACGGCCGAGAUCGACUUCAUGUCCUUUCAUCCCGUCUUCAACCCAGACAUGCGCAUCCGAUACCGCGAUAUGGACGUGUUCCCGAGCCCAAAGCUUGUCUCGCCUCACCCGCCUACCGAAGAUGACGUUCCCAAGGCACCCAAAGCAGCCGAGACGGCGAAGCCAAAGAAGCGCAAGGUCGAGCCGGGCCCUGCCGAUCCGUUGCCGAAGAAGGCGCCGGCGAUGGCGGGCCAGAUGGCUUUCUGGCAACGCCGACACGACGAGAUCCACGACGUCGGGAGCGGACCAAUUGCUACGAACGAGAUUGCGACGCGACCUGCGCCGAUCAAGUUCUCGCUCACUUCCAACUCGUCAAAGACAGGCGAGGCGACGAUCAAGAAUGAGCCCGUCGUGGAUUCCGAUAUCAAAUCCGAGCCAAAUCCCGUUCCUGCCCCGGUAGAGGCCCCGACGCAGGAGGUCUCGUAUGUAGACCGGGACCGGCUCAUGUGUCUAAUCUGCAUGAUGAAGUACAAGUCUGUUGAGGAAGUGAACAUCCACGAAAAGUCGGGCAACCACAAGCGAGCGAUGGAGAACGAGGAGAAAGUCAAGGCAGCAUUGCCCAGGCUCGCGGCGAGGGACGAACGUCUCCAGGCGAAGGAUGGCACGCAGUAUCGAGACCGUGCGAAGGAGCGGCGAGAGGCCCACAACCAACCCAAAAAGCCUGUGAAUGCGAAGCCUGUGAGCAAGGCGAAGCCCGUGGAGAAGGCGGCGAAAGCGACGGAGUCGAAAGGUGCCGGCAUGCUCGCCAAGAUGGGAUGGUCCGGGGCGGGUCUCGGUGCGCAGGGUGAGGGCAUCACCGAUUCGAUCACAGCGCACGCCUACCGAGGCGGCGUUGGACUCGGCGCCGAGGGCGGAAAGCUCGGAGACGCCCAAGAGGUUGCCGAGGGUCGCACCAAGGACGACUACGCAAGCUACGUCUCGGCGGCCAAAGGCAAGGCUCGGGAGCGCUACGAGCGUAUGGCGUGA